GCCUCGGAUGCUUAUAACAGUCACUGCUGUUCCCCUAUCGAGAUUCCAAACUGCUUUCGCUUGUAUGUCUUGGAUUAUAUUCCGAGGCAAUUGGGUAGAAUGGCGCCAUGGGUACUUACCACCUUGUCUCUCCUCACUACAACAAUCAGUAUUCUCAUCAAACCUACCGGACACCCAACACUUCUUGAAAAUGUAAAGCACAACGUACUCAUGCUUUCUCCAUCCCAGGCGGCGAUCCUGGUCGGAUUAAUGCUCCUUGAUUUAAUUGGCUGGAGACUCUUGAGCCUCGCGGACAUACACGCCGGCUUAAUGAUUCUCAACCAUUAUUAUUUCACAUCGGGCCCGUCUGGUCUCGAGCACAAACUGUGGUGGCGUUUCACGCGGCGCGCGUUUCUCAUAGUAGGAACAGUUCCACUGUACGUGAUCCUGCUAAGGUCCGAGCAUUCUCCAUGGAUCAAGAUCAUCGUGACACCGUUGGUCGCUGAUUCUAUGGUGGCCGAACUGUUAUCUUUACACUGGGACGCUUCGGAUGAAGACUUGAUCUAUAAUCGAGACUGGCCUCGUAAUACGCUCGUUGUGAAGCCUGCUAACCCGCCCACUCGCAACCAUCACGAGAACCGGGAAGGUGCAGAUGAAAAGAAGAAGACAAAUGAGAACAGAGAUACGUCGUCAUCUGUCACCACAGAGAAUCUCUGCGAGCGGGUAUACGGGCUCUGGUCGCCAGUAGCCGAGGCAGAUGACAAGCAGGAUCCACGAUCCUUGCCUCCGAAUGAUGCCAACUUAGAAAAGAUUUUCUCUCCCACGUACCAAGCCCCGGGGUGCAAGUGUAGGCACUGGCGGUGUCUCAUCUAUCGGGUAAAAUACCUCGCCACUCGAAUUGUCCGUUGGCCACUGUUAUUUGGAGACCUGGCGUUGAUCACCUGGCUACUGCACCGCGACCUGCAGCCCGGGACGCUCCUAGUGGCGGAUGCCUUGCUAGACAUCCGCCUGUUAAAGGAUCUGCUCACCCUGUCGUACUAUGCAUGCAUUCUUUUCGUCGGAUGCAUCUCUGUUGUGGUCGCUGUGAGGCUGUUAUUCCGCCUGAUGUGCCAACAUAUGUCCUUCUUACGGCGCAUACAGCAGUGGUUCCAAGACCUUGCCACUGCGGCUCCAAUCACCCACAAAGCCACCCGCAUUUUCGGAUUUAUGAUACCCCAUAUUCUGAUCUUCUACGUCUGUAGAUAUCAGAUCACGCAAAUCCCACCGUUGUCACGGAAUAUCCUCUCGAUUUUCAUUGAGCUCAUAGUGAUUCCCAUCUUUUACGCCAUGAUGUAUUUGCUGGUCUGCGGCAAGGAAGCUAAUGAGGGUAUCCCUACGGACCCUGAACUCCAGCCCCAAGCCGAGCCAACGUCGGAUGCAGGCUCAGGUCCUGAUAGUACCUCCCAGGAUAGCAAUAAAGACGCGGGCAAGGAUGCACCCGGUUCCCGCCAAUCGGUGGAUGGAGACCGCUUCCAUAUAUUGCGACUUGGCUUGCUUAUGUCCACCGCGACCAUCUGGUUUUUUUUCUGUCGUUAGGAUGUUUAGAUAGAUAUGAGCCCUAUGCCUAUAUACAGAGUGGUCAGCUAAAUCGCUUUCUCGCAGUCUAGUCUCAAAA